AUGGUGGAGCUGGGACCCAUGAUGGGACCCAGGGCCCUUGCGGCGUGGGGCACCGAGACCAUCUGCCAUGCUGGCACCAACCCCGGCAUCAAGGUUCGACUGACACAGAGAGCGCUGGAAUUUGGCCGGCAGUUUGGGCUGGAGCAGCUCCAAUCGCUGCUGCAGAAGGAGCACGAGCUGAACCUGACGGGCUCCUACCGCAACCCUCUCCUGGGGACACUCACCUACGCUGUGCCCCGGAUCCAGAUCCACGAGCUGCAGAUAAAUGACUCUACCGUGGACUUCGCCGAGGACGUGGGGGUGAGGCUGAUGGUGCAGAGCGCCCGCAUCCGGCUGAGCGCAGACUGGGGAGCCCAGCUGGGCGCCAUCCAGGACAAGGGCUCCAUCGAAGUCCACAUGCGUGACCUGGCCGUGGUGGCCGUGCUGGGGGUGAGCGUGGCUGGCAGCGGCCGCCCCACGGUGUGGAGCAUCAGCUGUGAAGCCCAUGGCACCAACCUGCACUUGGAGUUUCACCGAGGACACAGCUGGCUCUACAACAUGCUGGCACCGCUACUCCAGAAGGCCCUGAGCCAUGAGCUCAACAAGGAGCUCUGCCUCGAGCUCCGCAGGGGUGUCAACAGGCUGGAGGCUGCUCUGAAGCACAUGAAAGUGUCCACCCAGCUCGAUCCCUUUGCUGCCAUCGACUACUCCCUGCUGGGGCAGCCGGUCAUCACAGCGGAGCACGGGGACAUCGCCCUCAAGGGGGAGUUCUUCGGCGUGGCCAAGUACCAGCAGAGACCCUCCUCAGCCAAGCCCGUGGCACUGCCCAUGGCAUUGCCUGCAGCUCUGCCCGUGGCACUGGCCAUGGCACAGGAGCCCAUGCUGCUGUUGGCCAUCACGGACUUCGUUGCCAACUCGGCCGCCUUCACGUACUUCACGACCGGAGCUCUGCGCAAGAACAUCUCCAGUGACAUGCUGCAGGAGCGCUACCCAGACCACCCCAUGGAGCUGCACCUCUCAGCCCGCCGGCAACCCCUGUUCUCCUGCCGCCCCGACGCCCUGCACGGGUCCCUCUUCAGCUCUGCCGAGGCCUUCGUGGUGCUGCCCAAUGCCACCCGUGUCCCCGCUUUCCUGCUUGUGGGUGUGAGGCUGAUGGUGCAGCGCGCCCGCAUCCGGCUGAGCGCAGACUGGGGAGCCCAGCUGGGCGCCAUCCAGGACAAGGGCUCCAUCGAAGUCCACAUGCGUGACCUGGCCGUGGUGGCCGUGCUGGGGGUGAGCGUGGCUGGCAGCGGCCGCCCCACGGUGUGGAGCAUCAGCUGUGAAGCCCAUGGCACCAACCUGCACUUGGAGUUUCACCGAGGACACAGCUGGCUCUACAACAUGCUGGCACCGCUACUCCAGAAGGCCCUGAGCCAUGAGCUCAACAAGGAGCUCUGCCUCAAGCUCCGCAGGGGUGUCAACAGGCUGGAGGCUGCUCUGAAGCACAUGAAAGUGUCCACCCAGCUCGACCCCUUUGCUGCCAUCAACUACUCCCUGCUGGGGCAGCCAGUCAUCACAGCGGAGCACGGGGACAUCGCCCUCAAGGGGGAGUUCUUCGGCGUGGCCAAGUACCAGCAGAGACCCUCCUCAGCCAAGCCCGUGGCGCUGCCCGUGGCACUGCCUGCAGGUCUGCCCGUGGCACUGGCCAUGGCACAGGAGCCCAUGCUGCUGCUGGCCAUCACCGACUUCGUUGCCAACUCGGCCGCCUUCACGUACUUCACGACCGGAGCUCUGCGCAAGAACAUCUCCAGUGACAUGCUCCCCCGGCGGUUUCCACUCCAGUUGAGGACCAAGAGCAUGGGGGUCUUCUCCCCAGAGCUGCAGGAGCGCUACCCAGACCACCCCAUGGAGCUGCACCUCUCAGCCCGCCGGCAACCCCUGUUCUCCUGCCGCCCCGACGCCCUGCACGGGUCCCUCUUCAGCUCUGCCGAGGCCUUCGUGGUGCUGCCCAAUGCCACCCGUGUCCCCGCUUUCCUGCUGAACAUCGAUGCCAAUGUGACAGGGAAGCCCACCAUCACCAGGAACAAGCUUGGGGGCACUGUGAGCCUGAAGGGGCUCAGCGUGGAGAAGGUGACAUCACAUGUGGGCCCGGUAGAGGUGAAGAGGCUUGAGAAUCUGCUGAAGUUCAGCCUGUGGCUUUUUGGGGUGCCCCAGGCAAACAAGCGUCUCCAGGCUGGUGUCCCCCUGCCCACCCUGCACGGCCUCAGCCUUCUCAACCCCCGGAUCUCGCUGCAGGAGGGCUUCGUGCUCAUCGCCACAGACCUGCAGUACGAGUCCUGAGACCAGCCACUACAUGGGAACCCACCAGCACCCCGGGAGCCAUGUCCCCAUCACCGUCCUGCUGGCAGCUAGGGAUGGGCCAACGCCAUCGGGGUCCCAUGGCCAGCAGAGCCACCCAGCCACGGGACCC